AUGUCUGAAGAUAGUCAAUUAUGCUCCCAAAUUGACAGUAUAUUAGCUCGUCUUGAUCGCAGGAUGGAAGAAGCUAAAACAGUGUCACCAUUCAAGGAGAAUCCCAGUAUUCCUGACUUUUCCAGCAGAAUUCCACUCAAUUCUAGACAGAACAAUCGAGCAUCAAAUAAUGAAAUGCCCCUGAAAAAACCUUUCAAUUACCAAGAACAAAGGCCAAAAUCAGGUGCUGAGAAUGAAACAGCACAAGAAAAGGCUCAAAAAAUAGGAGAAACAUUUUUUAACAGUCUAGGAAAGCUUUUAAAUCGCCAAGCAAAUGCAGAGCCUGAGCAAUCAUCAGGAACUUUUAAAAUUCCUGAGCAUCAUCGAUUAGAAUCCUUUGGAAAAGAAACGUAUGUCCAAGAAGUUAAGCUGAAUGAAGCUAUACAAAUGCAAUCGCAGCACCAAAAGCAUCCUUCAUUUGGAGGAAAUAAGCCUAAACUAGCAGAUAGUUACUCUAAAUCUUCAUCAAAAUCUCCAUUGAGAGAUAAAUCGCCGCUUAAAGAAAGCAGCUCAUCAUUUCAGCCACAAUUAAGCAAAAAGUCAAUGGUUAUUGCCAAAAAGCUUGGCAGUGCAAAAGAAAGACUUUUAACUCAGCCAGCCCGUGAGGCCACAAAUAAUACAGAAUCACUUACUUUUAAGCCUGAAAUCAACAAAAAAUCAGCGAAAAUUGCUAACAAGUUGACAACUCCUUCAAAGCAAAAUCGUUGGGAAGCUUUAUAUCUCCAAGGUCACGAGCAAAAAAUAAAGCUUGAAAAAAUACGAAAAGAAGCAGAAGAGUCCAAAAAAGAAGACAAAGAAUGCACUUUUAAGCCUUCAAUUACCCCAACAAAAGAAAGACCUGACAAAUCAAGCACAAUUGACAGACUUUUAAGCUGGGGGAAAGUAAAAGAACAGAAAAUAAAACAAAAAAGAGAUGAUGAUCUUGAAAAAGAUUUAGAAGGGUGCACUUUUACACCACAAAUAAAUGAUUUAAAAUAUUUUAUAGAAGAAGACAUAUCGUCGCUAAGAGGGGUUUCUAAAUUCCUUGAUAGACAGCAUGCUGCUAGGAGGCUAAAAGAAGAGAAGUUUGGUCCAACACCAAUAAAAGAAGAAUUAAGCUCAGAGCAGACUUCUGAAGGGGUUAGUCAAUAUAACUCUACGACAUCGAAAGACAUUACGAUGCAAGAGUUUGCAGAAGCAAUUGAGUCGCUACAUGAUGAGUUGCACUCUUUUCAAAUCUAA